AAAAACAUAGAAACGGACUAGCUCUGACUCAGACUGUUUUAAAAAUACGUCUUUCGAUUUAUAGAUUUAAAAUAGCCGUCCUAUUUAGCAAGGAGCUUGAAACAGUGUUUUGAGCUAUUUUUUUUUUUCAAUUUGGUUUGGUUUCGACGGUUUCAAUAUCUGUUGGAUGAAUCAUGUUUUGUUUCUUUUUUUUUUCAAACUGGCCAGCCAUAGACUGUCAUGACUGACGUGUAGACCGCGAAUGUUAUUGAUUUUUAAACGAUUAAAAUAUAAAUAAGUUAUACUUUGAAGAAUUUGUGAUUUUAUAACAAUCAACAUGUUUGUGUUAUCGGAAAUGAAAGAUGUGAUAAGAAUUAGCCCAGAGAAUUUUCACCAAAGUUUAUCAGAGUCAAUAGCAACGCUGUUAAAUAGGAAACUUGCUAAUAAAGUUGUGCUAAAUGUCGGGUUGUGCAUAGCUUUGUGUGAUAUAACACAGAUUGGACAUUCCUAUAUCUUUCCCGGAGACGGUUCGUCACACACAGAAGCUAAAUUCAGAGUUAUUGUUUUUCGGCCGGUUAUCGAAGAAAUCUUAAUAGGGAAAAUUAAAAAUUGUAGCAGGGAAGGUGUACAUGUGACCCUUGGGUUUUUUGAUGACAUUUUGAUUCCCGUCAAUGCGUUGCAGCAUCCUUCUAGAUUUGAUGAAACUGAUCAAGCUUGGGUUUGGGAAUAUCCCAAAGAAGAUGGAGAAAAACAUGACUUGUUUAUGGACUCUGGUGAAUCUAUAAGAUUUCGUGUCACCAGUGAAGCUUUUGAAGAGAGCUUGCCGUCUGGACCUCCAGGGUCAGAAUGUACUACAGUGCAAACUGUAGCACCUUACAGGAUAAUCGGAGGUAUUAAUGAGCCUGGAUUAGGACUUCUCUCUUGGUGGGAGGCUCCAGACCAAGAUGAUGGUGAUGACAAUGAAGAACAGGAUAAUGCGGAUUAGAAUAAAGUAGUUUUUAAAAUCUCUUACAAUUUUUUGGGUCCAUAAAAUAAGAGAGGCCCAUUAUCCAUAUCAAUUCAACCUAUUGUAAAUAUUAUAGUCACUUAUUAAAUGGUAUUUUAGAGUUAACAAUAUUUAUACUGAGCAGCUUUCAUUGUCAGACCUAAAGAACAUGUAACCUUUUUGUCUCUGAUAGCAUUUUGAUGUUAUUGUAUUUUAAAUGAGAAACACGUUAAAUAAUUUAUCAUGUAGUUCUUUGAUGUCUAUUGUAAUAAAAACGAGUAAUAAUUUCUAUAUCCAAUAUUGUAACAUUUAAAUCUAAUAAAUAGCAACUUACAGUAUUCAAUAUUA